GUACAGGGCUAGCAGAGGCGGUAGGUAAAAGGUACUCCUUAAUCUCAAAGUAGAAUUAUUCACUGACUUUUCGACCGAUUUCCAAACGGUUUGAUUUGUUAAAAACGUCACACAUGUAGCUAUGACACAGUCUGCUUGGAUAUUUUAAAAACAAAUACAAAUUCUAUUUAUUUUUUUCAGCAGACAAUCUUCUGACAUAACUGAAAAAGAUGCCGGACUUUUGUGCCGCUUAUGGAUGUUCCAAUGAGCGGAGCAUAGAAACCAGAUCCCGUGGAAUCACCUUUCACAGGUUUCCCAAAGACAGCAGUCUAAAGAGACAAUGGGAACUAGCAGUGAGACGAAAAGGUUUUGUGGCAACUGGGAGGUCCAUGCUCUGCAGUGAGCACUUUAAGGCAGAUGAUUUUGACAGGACAGGGCAGACUGUCCGGCUUAGACAUGGAGUCAAACCAUCUGUCUUUAACUUCCCAUCUCGUCCAAAAAAGAAAGUACCACCAAGGACCACAGAAGCUUCGAGGAAAGCUGAAGAGAGCCUGCCAGUGGACUUGCCUCAGCAUUUCCAUGAAGCUGAACCUCAGUCUAAUGUUGACCACAGUUAUGCUUUGCCUGCUUCUCCCACUGCUCUAAAGGCCAGACUUAGUGAAGCUCUGGCUAGAGUGGAGAGUCUGGAGCGCGAGAAGAGGAACAGCAUGAUCCGGGAGCGAAGGGCGAAGAAAAAUGUGGAUGCUCUUCUUGAGGAUUUGAGGGAGAAGAACCUCAUAAAUGAAGAGCUGAAAGACAGACUGGAAUUCUAUUCGGGUCGUGCACAACACCAGGAGAGCUCCUCUGCAUCUCUUCCUGAAUGAGGGGUCGCAGGCAGCGUACAGGAGAGGGUUGAGGCAGGAGUUGAGAUAAGCUAAACAGGUGACGUAUGGCUGAGCGGCCAGUAAAA